AGUAUUUUUUUCAUGUUCAUGGUUUUAAACUGGCUGAGUAGUAGUCAUAUUUUAGUGUGCUUGGACCAUUGAGUGAAAUUGACCCAAAGUGAAACCGAUCAUGAAGUUAUUUGAAACCUGAGAUAAACCUGAACCGAGUCAUCCUCAACGCAGAUUUUUUAUAUAUUCCCUAGUCAAUCCAGAUUUUAAAUUUAAUAUAUUCGGUACUUAUAUUCAAUUUUAAACCUAUGUCGAAAACAAGUGGUCAUGGUGAACGCACCCUUGAUGUCUCGAACGUCGGCCAAGAAGUAUGGCUCGUCAAGGUUCCAAAAUUCAUCCGCGAGAGCUGGUCAGCGAACAGCGGAGACCACGAGGUCGGUCGUCUGAGGGUCGUCAAGCACCCAGGCCAGAGGGCGCCCACCAUCACGUUCUCCAUGAACGAGGCGCUCGUGGCGGCCAACAAACUGCCCCGGGAACACAAGUUCAUCUCGCACGACAUCAAGCAGUGCUUGGGGGUCUUCUCCUUACCUAAAUCGGCUACAGAAGGUGCGCAGAAGCUGGAGGGCGGUCCUGCUGAUGGGGCAGCAGGCCAGUACAACAUAUCCUUCGAGGGACAGGUCGUCAGGAAGUACGAGUGUCAGCCUGUCAUGGACGAUAAUUAUUUGAAGUUGAAGCUCGAGACGAAACGAGCGGCUGCGACUCCCGCGCGACAAGCCAUUGCGAUUGAACGGCCUGCCAACGUCUACAAACCAAAGUCCUUCCAUCCCCACAAGGUGGCACAGGAAAGGCAGAAGGAGUCAGAGGGCAAGAAAGCUCGAGAAGAUAAGGAUAAAGUUCUGGAAGUUCUUUUCAACGCUUUCGAAAAACAUCAGUAUUAUAACAUCAAAGAUUUGCAAAAGAUCACUCGGCAACCUAUCAUGACUGUGGCUGGCUUGGUCGCCUGUGUCAGAGGACUGUGGUUGGAUUGGUCGCCUGUGUCAGAUGACUGGCUAGCUUGGUCGCCUGUGUCAGAUGACUCUGGCUAG